AUGACUUCCACCCCUACCGGUGCUGAGCACCUCAUAAUAAGCAAGAAACAUCCAACGACAACCCCCUUCUCAGAAGGGAAGGAAGACGAGGAAGACCACCUGGAUAGACCAACGUCCUCCUCACAAGAUGGGAACGAGAAGCCGCAACCCAAAUCUCUCAAGUUUAAGCUCACCGUCCUCUUCCUGGCUCUCGUAACGGUCGUCGGCUCCAUGGACGCCGUAAUAGUUGGCUCCGCACUGGCAGCCAUAGCGCAAGACCUCCAAAGCAGCAGCGUCGAGUCCUUCUGGGUCGGGACAUCCUUCCUCCUCUCACAGACAGUCACGAUUCCGCUCUAUGGCGCGACUAGCGAGAUCUUCGGCCGCAAGUGGCCCAUCCUCAUCGCGCUCUCCAUCUUCCUCCUCGGUAGCAUCCUCUGCGCUACCGCGCAAACCAUCACGUGGCUGAUCGGCGCGCGCGUGGUGCAGGGCAUCGGCGCAGGGGGCAUGAUCCAGCUGGUGCAGGUCAUCCUGUCUGAUAUCUCGACGAUGAGCGAGCGAGGUCUGUACAUGGCCAUCGCGGCGUUCGCGUGGUCGCUAGGAACAAAUAUCGGGAUCCCGAUUGGAGGUGCCAUCGGGGAAAGGACGACCUGGCGGUGGAUCUUUUAUAUCAAUAUCCCCGUUUGCGUGGUCUGUAUCGUGGGAUUGCUGUAUGCAUUGCAGUUGCAGCACGAUACGUCGUCGUUUGUCAAGAAGCUGGGGAUGUUGGACUGGGUGGGACUGGGUGUGUUCACUUGCGCGUCCACGCUGUUCCUGGUCGGGUUGACGUCGGGGGGCGUUUCGCAUCCGUGGGACUCGGCUGCCAUCCUGGUUCCGUUGGUUCUGGGCGCGGUACUCUUUCCUCUCUUUAUCUUUACGCAGUGGCGCGUGUCGAAGAGGCCCAUAAUGCCGCUGCGGAUCUUUAAUGAUCGCUCUGCGAUUGUCGGGUUCGUGACGAGCUUUCUGCACGGGUUGGUGUUUUGGUGUGUGACUUAUUAUAUGAUUGUGUUUUUUCUCGGCGCCCUCCAACACUCCGUCCUCCACGCCUCCCUCGAGACAAUGACUUGCAUUGCCUACUCCGCCCCCGCAGGACUCGUAGCCAGCAUGCUCGUCAAACGCACCCAGCACUUUAAAUACAUCAUCGUGGUGGGAUGGGCUCUCCUCGCAGCCGGAAUGGGAUCAAACAUAACAAUGCACCCUAACUCCACCAAAGCCAUGCUCUACGGCCCCCGCGUCCUCGUCUCCUUAGGCGGCGGACUCCUCUUUCCAACGCCCAUCUUCGCCGUGCAGGCCCGCCAACACGGCAACGACAUCGGCAUUGCAACGUCCAUGCAGGUCUUUACGCGCAGUAUGGGAACAGCCUUUGGCGUAGGGCUGGGGGGUGUUAUCUUCCAGAAUCAGUGGAGUAAGAAUGUGGAUUCUGCUGUGGCGGCUGGACGCAUACCCCAUGAGUUAAUUGUGGAGAGUAACGUGGCGGAGACGGCGUAUGCAGUUAUUCGGAGGUUUCCCGAGGCAGUGCAGGAGGUUUAUCGGGGGGUUUAUGCAGAUAGUCUGGCGACCAUGUGGUAUGUUAUGAUGGGGUUGUCGGUUGCGGGGUUCGUGGUCAGUUUGCUGGUCGGUAGGGAUGAUGUCGUUAGUGGGGGGUUGGCAGGGAAGCAAAAUUUUAGGGAUGAGAGGGAGGAGGGGGAUUUGGAGGGAGGGAGGUAG